AUGGAAGCGUCGUCUUCCGAAUCCACCUAUACGGAAGCCCGUCCACCGCAACCUGAAACCAACAAACUUCGACACUUUUGCAAAAACGCCAAAACCUUCCUUGUGGACGAGUUCCACCCAGUGUUUUUCGCCCCCGUUAUGGGCACCUCCAUUUCAGCAAACAUCUUGUACUCCUUUGCCUUCCCAGCAAGAUGGCUCCAGAUCUGUGCCUAUAUCAUGGGGACUAUUGCUUUGAUCAUUUUCAUUUUUGCUUGCAUUCUGUUUAUCUGGGCCCUUCUUCAAAGAAAAGGCUUAUGGAACCGUCUUCACAGAGAUCCCAAGGUGGCGCCUUUCGUGGGUGUCAUGGUGAUGGGUUACACAGCCUUGAUGAUGUUCCUACACUCUAUAACCAGAGAAUCGUGGGCCUGGGGUCUCUGGGUGCUCUGGUGGAUCGCCGGAGCGCUUUCCGUUUAUUCCGCUUUUGUCACGGUGUUUCUUUCGCUUUUGGCCAAACACAGAAACUUGAAAGACCUGGUCGACUACAGGGACAUUUCUUUCACAUACCUUUUGCCCGUGGUGACGCUUACAGUGGCGGCUCUGAUGGGCGGAAACAUUGCUGAGGAUUUGUCCAGCACCCAGGCCAAAAUCAUCACGGCGGUGGUUUCUUUUCUCAUGUGGGCCAUUGCCGUUUUCUCUGCAUCCAUCAUCACCACAGUGGUGUAUUGGCGUCUUUUCACACACAAGAUUCCUGGCACAGCAGCGGUGUUUACUUUAUUUCUUCCCAUUGGUUUCCUUGGUCAGGGCGCCUACGGUAUUCUUAUUUUCGGCAAGAACUGCGUCAACUUGAUCAUGGAGAACCACGAGCUGGUGCUUCUGCUGCCAUACACCACAUUUAUCCACGAAAGCGCCCAAAAAAUGGAAAAUGUCGGCAACGUCGCCACGAUGCUAUCUGUCUCCAUCAUGGUCUGCACCACCGCCGCUGCCAUGUUCCUUAUCGCUUUUGGCUACUUUGCAACCUUUGUCGCUGUGGCAUCCACACUUUCGAAAACCCGGCCUUUCGCCAAAAAACCAAAUCUUGAAUGCGUCCGUGACAGCAAGUCGCCCGCCAUGCGGUACUUUGACGGGUUGCUCCGUUUUAACCGUGGUUUCUGGUCCAUGACUUUCCCUUUGGGCACUAUGGCCCAGGCUAACGUAGAGCUUUGGCGAUUGUUUAAUGGUCUCAAGGCGUUCCGCUACAUUUCGGCAAUCUACUCCGUGACGCUUCUCGGCAUCACCAUUGGGUGUCUUUUUGGCAUUUGCGUGCGGGCGAUCCAGAUGGUGAUGGCUUCGGCGAAAACCAACUCCAAAGAGUCUGUAUAA